AUGCCCAGUGUGAUGGGUGGUGUGCUGCAUCUCAGACACCCUCUGGGGGAGCCUAAUAGAAGUUACUUUGCCCCAUUUGAGCCCAAGGCUGAGAUACUGGAAAUGAUGUCCCAGAAGUCCAGACGGGCCAAGGAUGAAGCUUCCAGAGAGGCCCCAGACAAGGGCGUGACCUUCACAAGCUCUGGCUCCUGGGCUGAAGGAAAGAAAGCCGCUGCUCAUCCUAGUCCGGGGAGCAGAGCUCCUUCAUCUGGUCCUCCAUCGAGAAGAGUGGCCAGUCGAGCUUCAGAAAGGCCAGAUGCAGACACCGCCUUGCUCAGCCUCCGGGGCCUGCUUGCUGCUCGUAGACUCACCCGGGAGCUCAAGGUUCCCUUGUGGUCGGCCAGGCCAGAGGUGAAGUUCCCCUGCCUCCUGGUGGAGGAGCUGAUGCGAGCUCACCUGCCCUCCAGGCUGGCCGGGGUGGCCUACCACCCCAGCCGGUGCGCCCAGCUGGCCGCAGCUCUGAGCGCAGAGAUCCGGGACUUGGUGAAGGCGGUCACUCCACCUCGCUACAAGCUAGUGUGCUCAGUCAGCAUUGGGAGCAAAGGACAGGACGACGUGGUGGUCUCCAGCCAGAGCCUGUGGGACCCCUAUGCAGACAGCUUCGCCACUUCCCAGUACGUGAACCCCACACUCUUCUGCGUGGCCCUAGUGUACGCCAUCUAUUUGGAGUGA